GUUGCACUUCCGUCAAAGAUGCUUUCGAACCUCAAGGGGAAAGCAAUGAUAUAAAUGUAUUGAUAAACGUUCCAAUUUUAAUAAACAGACAGGAAAGACAAUGUCCCUCGCGGUAUCGCGCACCCUGUGUAAGAUAUUUUCACGACAGACUACAACUCCAAGCUCAUUUGGCAUUGGAGGGGAUUGUCAUGUCCGAGGUCCUUGGUUUGCAUCUGUUCUUACAUUGAAGACAUCUGCGCCACUAAGAGCGGAGCCCAAGAAGAAAAAGAAAGUAGAUCCUCGUAGAGAACAGUUGGUAAGAGAAAGACUGAAGAAGAAAUUGAAAAAGUUGGAGAAGGUUCCUCCUGAGCUCAUUCCCAUAGAAGACUUUGUAACCCCAACUAAAUGCAUGGAUGAGACAAGGGUGCGCAGUUCUCCUCAGCUUUCCUUUGAGGAGAGUGAACGACGAGCUCUUCUGCUGAAAGAGUGGUCCCGUUACAAACAGGCCCAGCACCAAGCUGAGAUGGAGGCAGUAGGCAUGGCAGUGGAAGCCCAGAGGGAGGCACUGGAGCAGCUACGCCUGGAGUCAGAGGAGCUCUACCAGGCAGCACUGAGGCCAGACCCUCUGCUCUUCCCUUUCAACCACCAGGGACCCAGCUACACACCACCCAAGGCCCAGUAUGAAGCACCAGAAGGCAAAUACAACAACAUCACCAAAGUCUACACCCAGUGAGAUUGAGGAGAUAUUAACAUUGCAGUGUCUUUCCGUGAUGUGAAUGGACUUCAUAAACAUGUCGAGAAGAUGAACAGACACAAGAGCUUAAUUAGACCAACAAUAGUGGUUGGAUAUUUCAUUUGAAGUGGACGGGUAAUUCAACCGCUUCCUGAACGGAGGACUGCUACCCUGUCACAGUCACUGUAUUGACCACUGCUCUAUCACAGACAUGCAAGUUUCAUUUUCCCCUCAAUUUUCAUUUUCCCCUACUGUAACGCCUUUUUAUUUGUGAAGUACAAUACAAUAAAUUGCACUUUCCAAAUUUAUAAAAUGUAAAUCAAUAAAAUCCAAACAUUGGAAUCAG